GCCAUCUCCGUCUUCUUCGAUCCCUCCACAUACCCAUUUUCAUCCAUUAAAACACUCACCUCAAAACUCCACAAGAAGAAGAAUAAUGUCGAACCGUUCCCCUGUUUUCCCCAUCCAUGACUCUCAACAUUACAGCGACUAUGGAUUUAACUACUUUCAGGUUAUGGAAGAAGCGAGGAAGCAUAAGAGAGAAACGUCAAUGAAGUCAUCCAUCAUCAACAGUCUUCACUUCAAGAUCCAGAAACCCAAAGAUGACCCGACCCGGUCCACAAUGCACCACAACAACAAGAGGAAGAAACGGUGGUGGUGGAAGAAAGCUUUACCCCUUUUCAAGUGGCGUAAAUGGCCAAUCUCCACCGUCAAUGAAGAUCGUAAGGUCAGGAACUUUCGCGGUGUAACCGGUUCAAUGUCGAUGUCUAGUCCGGUUUACUCAAUUGAGAGUAGAACCGGAUCAAACACGCCGUACCGUACGACGACGAGUAGACCUAUAGCGGGAACAUUGACGCCGGCAAGGAAAGGUGACGUGUCGAUUCCGUAUUUGAGCCUACGAGAGCUUAACAUAGAGCAGCAACAGAGGAUCUCUAUCUCUUCUUCUCCCAUUUACUUGGUCACGUAAAAGUUACUAUUAUAGUAAAUUUAUUUACAGUGUGAUGUUUUUAAAUCUUUUUUCUGCAAUUGGUGAAAGCUGUAAAGUUUCAUCUGUCUCACGUGAAGCAAUAUUAGCUGACAUUUUUUUUAAUAUAUAGAUUUUAUAUACAGC